GAAAAUUAGUGGCAAUUAAAAAUAAACGGAUAAAGUAUAUAGUAUUAUUUUUUUUCAAAUGUUAGUAUUACUUUUAUGUCAACAGAGAGAGUUACACUUUUAUCCCCUUAUCACAUUGUGAACAGCUCAAAAAUCAGAAUGUUCCUCGAGUAGGCUUUUCUCGAAUUUAGUUCAGGCAUACUACCUGUUUGUUAAAUUGCCUCAAUGACUUGUUCUUUCUCUUUCUCUUCCUUCCUCAUAAGCCACCCAUGGCCUCCUCAGUCCCAAAAUCCACCAACCCCCUUUCCCUUUGCCCCUCCAUUUCACCCCCCUAAACCCCUUUCCCUCCAAUUUUCAAGAAGCCAAGAACUUGUUCCUUCACUUUAUGCUUCCAAGAAUGCUAACCAACUCUUACCAGACUUCACUUCCAAGCAAUUUCUAGACAUCCUUUGUCAAGAAAAUGAUGAAACUUCAGCUUUAAGGCUCUUAGAAUGGGGUUCUAAGCAACCCCAUUUUACACCAAGUUUGGCUGUAUAUGAGGAAGUUCUUAGGAAGCUUGGAAAUGUAGGAUCUUUUGAGUUAAUGAGGGGAGUUUUGGAUGAUAUGAAGAGGUUGCAAAUUGAGUUAGUUGAAGGUACUUUCUUUAUUUUAAUUGAAAGUUAUGCUAAGUUUGAGUUGUAUGAUGAAUGUAUUAAGGUUCUUGAUUUGAUGUGGAAGGAGUUUGGUGUAAAGCCUGGAACUUUUAGUUAUAAUUUGUUGUUGAAUGUUCUUGUUGAUGGGAAUAAGUUGAAAUUAGUUGAGAAUGUGCAUAGUAGGAUGUUGGAUGAAGUUGUAAAAGCGGAUGUAUCGACGUUUAAUGUGUUGAUUAAAGCUUUGUGUAAGACACAUCAAAUUAGGCCUGCUAUGUUGAUGAUGGAGGAAAUGCCUAUGCACGGUUUGGUACCGGAUGAAAGGACUUUUACGACGAUAAUGCAAGGGUAUAUUGAGGAAGGGAAUUUAGAUGGUGCAUUGAGAAUUAGGGAUCAAAUGGUGUCGGCUAAAUGUGUUGCGACUAAUGUUACGGUUAAUCUUUUGAUUCAUGGGUAUUGUAAAGAAGGAAGGAUUGAUGAAGCUUUGAACUUUGUGCAAGAUAUGUGUAGUCGAGGUUUUGCUCCGGAUCAAUUUACGUUUAAUACUUUGAUAAACGGUUUGUGCAAGGCAGGGCAUGCUGUCCAAGCGUUGGAUAUUUUGGAUUUGAUGUUGCAGGACGGUUUUGAUCCUGAUGUAUAUACGUAUAAUAUUUUGAUUUCUGGACUUUGUGAAGUUGGUGAAGUCCAACAAGCUAUUGAACUUCUCAAUCAGAUGCUUGUAAGGGACUGUACACCUAAUACAGUCACUUAUAACACCAUCAUUAGCGCUUUGUGCAAGGAGAAUCAAGUCCAAGAAGCUACUGAGUUUGCUCGUGUGCUUACGAGCAAGGGAUUCGUACCUGAUGUUUGCACCUUCAAUUCUCUCAUACAAGGUCUCUGCUUCACCGGCAAUUUCAACGAUGCAGUGGAAUUAUUCGAAGAAAUGAAGGAAAAAGGUUGCCAGCCUGAUGAGUUCACUUACAAUAUCCUAAUUGAUUGUCUUUGUGCCAAAAGGAGAUUAGGUGAAGCUAUGAACCUACUCAAAGAUAUGGAGUCAAGUAGCUGUGCAAGAAGUGUAAUAACAUACAAUACUUUGAUAGAUGGCUUCUGCAAAGACAAGAAAAUUGAAGAAGCGGAAGAGAUCUUCGACCAGAUGGAACUAAACGGGGUUUCUAGAAACCUGGUCACCUAUAACACUCUCAUUGAUGGUCUUAGUAAGAGCAAGAGGGUAGAAGAUGCAGCUCAGCUUAUGGACCAGAUGAUACUGGAAGGACUAAAGCCUGACAAAUUCACGUACAAUUCCAUUCUCGCUCAUUUCUGCAGAGCAGGUGAUAUUAAAAAGGCAGCAGACAUUGUGCAAACCAUGACAUCAAAUGGCUGUGAACCAGAUAUCGUUACAUAUGGGACUCUAAUACAAGGACUAUGUAAAGCAGGUAGGGUUGAGGUUGCAAGCAGGCUUCUCAGGAGUAUUCAAAUGAAAGGAAUGGUUUUGACCCCUCAGGCCUAUAAUCCUGUAAUUCAAGCAAUCUUCAGACGGAGGAGAACCAAUGAAGCUGUAAGACUCUUCAGAGAAAUGCAGGAAACGGCUAAUCCUCCUGAUGCUUUAUCUUAUAAGAUUGUUUUCCGUGGUCUUUCUUCUGGUGGGGGGCCGAUUCAAGAAGCUGUUGAUUUUGCCGUUGAAAUGAUGGAAAAAGGACACAUACCUGAAUUCUCCUCAUUCUACAAUCUGGCUGAAGGACUGUAUUCUUUGUCGAGGGAGGACACGCUAAUAAAGCUUGCUGGCAUGAUCAUGGAGAAGGCAAACUUUUCAGACAGUGAGGUUACUAUGAUUAAAGGUUUCCUGAAAAUCCGGAAAUUCCAAGACGCACUGGCUACUCUUGGCCGCGUCUUAAAUAGCAGAAAUCCCAAAAGGACAUCAAUAAAGAAAUGAUCCAAAGUAGAGGUCCCUCAAACUAAGGUAUCAUAACUGUAUCAGUUGUUGUUAUGACAGUCCUUCAAAGAAAUCAUCAUAACUCAAUUUGAAGAAUCAAUGGUUUCCUAUUUUGUCCUGCUUUGUAAUUAUGUCUUUGAUGAGUUACAAGUCGAAAAAUGUGGAGACUUCCCAGCUUCAUUCAGUUCUCUAGUAGGCUUAGGUAAUGUAUUCAUAGAUUGUCGCGGAUCUCUGCUCCUAGAUACAUGUUCUAACCGCAUCUAAGCCAUCUUACUAAGUUAAUGCCAGAACUGGUGGUUUCUCUUGAUUAUCAUGAUACACAUCAUGUGCAUGGUAUAUGCUUCU